CAGCCUUCCCCAGUUCCAUUCACAGAUUUAUUUGCGCGCUGACCGAGACAGAAAGUCAUUCAUAAAAAAGUUCAUUCAUAAAAAGCGCCGCGUGCUCGCUCUCGUGCCGCUCGUGCCCGCUGCCCAGCCCUGCCGCUGCCGGCUGCUCCUCCACGCUGAGAUCUUCACGUUCAGUUUGUGCGCUGUGGGCUUUGGGUGAGGACUUUUGCGGACUUUCCGGUGUCAGUCGCCUCAUCUGGCCGCCGGCUGCGUGUCUUGUCGUAACUCCGUUACGGUGGACGGAGUCGGCGUGCGCACCUUAGCGGCGACUACCUGGCCGAGUGUACACGUGCUGCGCCGCGAUGCCAAGCAGGUGGGUGAGGAUUUUGGGUGCCCGGCUCCUGUAGUAGUUCCUGCGUUUUGGAGUCCCCGCUGCACUUGUCGGCGGCUCACGGACGGGUCACCUUUGGCUCAGAUGAAUUUGGACGCCGCUGGCUCGUUUGAGGUCCACACAAAUCAUCUGGAAGGAAGGGAGCGAGCGAGUGAGUGAGUCAGUAAAUGGAGGAUUAUACCGAGACGGCAGCUAUCAGGUUUCCUUUUAACUGAUCUGUCGAAGUCCAGGAAGCCUAUGCAGGGGCAUCUGGUUUCAUCAGUCCUCAUUGUCUCCGGCUAUGAGAGAACUUAAUGAGCUUAGCCUCAAGGAGCAGUUAUUGCAUGCAGGACUCUUGGCACAGACGGGCAUGCUUCACCGGUCCAAGUACAGCAGGUUCCGAAAUGAUUCUGUCACCUCCCUGGACGAUGGCAGCCAAAACAAUCCCACCACACUGAAUUCCAAGGCACCUUUUUCUGCUUCCUCCUCCUCUUCCUCUUCCUCCUUCCCUUCAUCCAUGACUGACUCUCCAGCUGAAGAAACUUCCCCGACCUUCUCGGAUGAAGGAUCCAAUGCUUUUUGUGCUUUUAUUCCCAAAAUGGCCAACAUCAAGCUCUCUAACCCGGCUGGGCUUCUUGGCCUCAAAGGAUUUGCUCUGCCCAGCAAGGAAGUGCCAAGGCUAAAACUGGCAGACAGUGAUGCGUCUUCAAGGACCCCUGCCAACUCAGGGAUCAAUCUAACCAGGUGCCCUUUCGACUCCCCCAGGCACCAACAGGACAUCUUUGGGAGUACCGACCUAAGAGGCCCGAGGGGGUCAAGCCGAUGGAACGUCUGCCCCCCUACUUCAGAACUGGCACCCCUAAAUCAGGCGGUGGAGAGCGUGGUAGAGCAGAGCAGCCUGGACAGCUUAGAGACCGGGAUGACCUACUAUGUUAAGUAUGUCGGCUGCUUGGAGGUGUUACAGUCCAUGAGGAUGCUUGAUUUUAGCACAAGAACACAAGUCACAAGGGAAGCGAUAAGUAGAUUAUGUGAUGCUCAACCAAGCCUGAAAGGAGGAACAAAAUGCAGAAAGCCUCCAAGUAAAGGGUUAUCUGCUGUUCUGGGGAAAAGUAAUUUAGAGUUUGCAGGAAUGAACAUCAAACUCAUAGUUUCUACGAACAGCCUGUGCUUAACAACGCUUGAUUCUCAACAGAUAAUUGCUCAUCACCACAUGCAGUCAAUUUCAUUUGCUUCUGGGGGAGAUCCUGACACAACAGAUUACAUUGCUUAUGUUGCCAAAGAUGCCGUAAACCACAGAGCGUGCCAUAUCUUGGAAUGCCCCUCUGCUUUGGCUCAAGAGGUUAUCAACACCAUAGGACAAGCAUUUGAGCUUUGCUUCAGACAAUUCUUAAACAACCCAUCUUCAAUGGUCCCUCCUAAAGAGAGCAGGGCAUCAGACACACGCAUUGCCGUCUGGACCGCAGAGAAUAGAGAAAUCCAUGAAUAUUACAAUGAAAUCCCCGGGAAACAGCCACCUCUUGGAGGCAUACAUGACAUGAGAAAGAAAGAAGAUUCAGUGGUUUUUAAAGUUCCAAACGCCAACCUGUGUGAACAUUUACUUCCGCUGAUGCCCAACCCACACCACAACAUGUAUGAAAACAGCUCAGUGCCACCAGAAUCCACGGAGACUGCCUUCAGAGAUUUAUCGGGAAGUGACACUAUGUUGACCAUUCUUCAGCACAUAAAUGAAGAAUUGAAAAAUGAGGUCUGGUAUCAUGGCAAGCUGAGCAGAAAGGAUGCAGAAAGUUUACUGUCAGAGAAUGGCGACUUCCUUGUACGGGAAAGCAUUAACUCUCCGGGUCAAUAUGUGCUGAGCGGAUUAGAGGGAGGCUCUGUCAGGCAUUUGCUAUUGGUGGAUCCUGAAGGCAUGGUUAGAACAAAGGAUCACAUAUUUCAAAGUGUUGGACAUCUUAUUCAUUUCCAUAUGGACAAUCAGCAACCAAUCAUCUCCUCAGGGAGCAAACUGUGUCUGAAGCAGCCAGUUAAACAAAAACUGUGAAACCAGCCUCCAAAAAGUAUACAAUCUGGCUGUUUUUUUCUUUAAAAAUCCAAAAAAACUGAAUGUAUGAUCGCAUUGAGCAUAAUAACCAAAAAAUGCAAUUAAGUCAGCCAAACUGACCAAAAAAAAUGACACAUCUUACAAGCACAAUUGCUGAAGUCUGCUCAACACAACCUGGCUUUGGAAUUCUUUUGCCGAUAAGAAUGAAAGAAAUGUGCCUUGCCGCAUUCAUUGAUUAAUGUCCUGCUUGACUUUUAAUAGCAGAUUACAUCUUUUAUAACUGUCUGGAUCUGUUUAUUCUCUUGUUUGCCAAACUGGUAUAUUAAUGCACAAUAGACAUUUUAAAUAUAAGAAGAUAACUUUAUUUCAUACAGAAAAAAAUACUAAUAAAGUUUAAUUAUUUGAUAGCAAAAAUUCUGCUUUAUCAGCUUGUGCUGUUUACUGAAAACAUAUUGUAAGUAUACUUAGAAUUUAUAACUAAAAUAACUGGCUUUUUUGUGUUAAGCUAUUUAAAAGUACUGAACUGCUAUAUUUAUGAUUAUGCAUUCAUUCUUACAUAAAACAAGAUGUAAAAAGACAUAAAGCAUUGCCUUUAUAAAUUAAAGGCUCCCGCUCCACACAAAUUCUGCUUAAAGGAAAGUUGCAGUGCUUUCCAAGAAGCAUACUUUGAAGAACAUGCCAGAAGCGUGUUUGACUGACUCCACACAUGGCCAGUGUACUCAUAAAAUUAAAUUUAAAGCAUGGCAACUAUUAUUUAAAAAAAUGUGAUUUUUUUGAAGAAAAAAAAAAAA